AUGUCACCUAAUGCGAUAGUGACAGAGUACUUGUCGACGGGAUCGAACAGACAGGCCGCCGUGGCUGAUUGGAGCCACAGAGGCAUCGUCGCAUUUGGAGCGGACAGCAAUGUUGCCAUCUGGGAGCCUGCGGCAGAGCCCCCUCGUGGCAUCACAGCUUUGUUGAGCGGUCACAAGGAUGUGGUCAAGGCUGUGGCAUUCUUGCCUUCCAGCGAUGCCGACACCCACGACUACCUCAUCACUGGGUCGGACGACAAAACACUGAUUGUCCGGAGAGCGCAAUCUGGCUCGCACAGCUUUGAGACAGUCACAACUGUGUCGGACCAUACAGGCGCCAUCAACUGCAUCGUACCAUACAGGCUACCAGGCACCGAGCCGCGAUGGUUGAUCGCCACCGGGAGCGCAGACGCGACCAUCAAAAUCUGGAUCUCACGAGAUGGAAAGUUGACGCUACGCCAGUCAAUCAAGACGAUGCCCAAGUUCUUCCCACUGUCACUCGCCAUCAGCCCGCUUGACGCAGAAGGCGAUCUGUUCGUUCUCGCGGCAGCUGGGACCAGGGACACGAUUCAGAUACUGACAGCCAUGGACGUGCGCAACGGCAUCGAGAACGGAUGCGUCAACUUUGAGGUUCAGGCCAACCUGUCAGGUCACGAGAGCUGGAUCCGAUCCUUGAGUUUUGUUCGCGAGACCGCCGCGUCGGAGAGCGAUCUUCUGCUCGCGUCGGCAAGUCAAGACAAGUACAUUCGCAUUUGGCGCGUGCACCAGGGAAAAGAACUCCCCGCCCUCGCCACUGAAAGCAACGAUCCCUUGAGCGGUGCCUACCUCCCUGGGAAAUCCCCUUCCAAUAAGGCACACAUGCUGAGAACCGCCGGACUGGACUAUUCCAUAACCUUUGACGCUUUGCUGCUGGGCCACGAAGAUUGGAUCUACAGUGCAAAGUGGCAUGCCCACGCUGACGGCAAGCUACAGCUCCUGUCGACGUCGGCGGACAACUCACUCGCCAUCUGGGAAGCAGAUCCAGGUUCCGGCAUCUGGGUUAGCAUGGUGAGGCUGGGCGAGAUCAGUAGGGAAAAAGGCGCUACCACAGCCACGGGCAGUACAGGUGGUUUCUGGACGGGGUUGUGGUCUCCCGAUGGUCAGUCUGUCGCCUGUUUGGGGCGAACAGGCAGCUGGAGGAGAUGGCAAUGGCAGCCCGACACGGACAUUUGGAAGGCCUGCGUUCCCGUCACUGGCCACACAAAAGCCGUUACGGGCAUUGCAUGGUCAGGGAAUGGUGAAUAUCUGCUAUCGACCAGCUUGGAUCAAACGACUCGACUGCACACCAUAUGGACGGCUAAUGGAAGCAACACAUGGCACGAAAUGGCGAGACCUCAAAUCCACGGCUAUGAUCUGAACUGUGUUGACGCCUUGGGGGCAUCACAGUUUGUCUCGGGAGCCGAUGAGAAGCUGAUGCGCGUCUUCAGCGAACCUAAAGCGGUGGCGUCCAUGCUCCAUCGCCUUGGCGGAAUCGGCGAGGCGAAUGUCGAGCACAUGCCUGACGCUGCCAACAUCCCUGUCCUCGGGCUAUCCAACAAGGCCAUCGACAUGGUAGAGGACGACGAGGAGAUAGCAGCCGUCGAUGACCGCGACAGGGAAGCCAUCGACCCGGCCUCCAUUGUCAAGAGAUCCUAUCUCGACAUUGACCACCCGCCACACGAGGAGACGCUUUCGCGCCAUACCCUCUGGCCCGAAACCGAGAAGCUCUACGGCCACGGGUAUGAGAUCUCGUGCCUUGCGGCUAGCCACGACGGCAAGAUUGUCGCCAGUGCUUGCAAAGCCAGUUCCAUCAACCAUGCUGUCAUUCGUCUCUUCGAGACUGACAAGUGGACGGAAGUCCGUCCGCCCCUGACAGCACACACGCUCACAACCACGAGAAUCCGCUUCUCGUUAGACGACAAGUACAUCCUCAGCGCGAAUCCCAAGGGCCAUACAAGAAUGAUCCUAGACGCAGCGUGGGCGCCAAACGAUAAACCCCUGUUUGCGACGGCGGGCAGGGACAAGCAGGUCCGCCUGUGGCACAGCCAAGCGGACGAGGCUGGGAAGCUGAGCUUUACGCAAUUGGCAUCGAUCCCGACAGGUGAACCGGUCACGGCGGUUGACUUUCUGCCCAGGGUUGUCGGUGGGAAGUGCGUGCUGGCCGUCGGGACGGAGGGUGGCCUGCUUAGUCUUCACAACAUCGAUGAGGUUUCGGGAGAGGUGCUUAACCUGCCGAAACAGGAAGAACUACAAAUGCCAAAGACAGUGCUGCAACUUUCCUGGCGGCCUGGCACUGAUGCCGACAAGGCAGAGCUCGCAAUAGCAGGGAAUGAUAGUUCACUGCGCCUGUUUUCCCUAUCGGAGGACUAUCUCAGGGGGAGUAGUCCGUAG